UUAGGACAAGAGGGGUUGGGGCAAGUGGAGCUAAAUAAAACGCGGAAACCCGACUGCACAAAAGAGCCACAACCGCUAAACCUUUUUUUGAGUGCGCAGGAAACGACACCGCGCACUGCCCCGUUGCACUCCCUCAACCACACGCAGCAAGCAACAGCAGCAGCAGCAUCCCAGCGGGGAGGAUCUCUUCUCUCUUGCUGGUGCUGCUCUCAGCCGGGACAGGGCUUGCAGGGAGACAAUACAUAGAGGCGAGUGUUGUCUCCUCCUCCUCUAUCAAGGGGGACAACCCAGCCCUUACUUGAUACCUGCCUGAUUUACAGAAGAGACGUCUCACAAUCGUGUACCAUAUGACACCAGUCCUGGGCCGGGUUACCAGUCCGCGCAGGACACGCUGAAAACCACGAGGAGGAGGAGGAAUUAAUUGUGUAAAGGGUGUGGAAUGGACAGGUGGCUCUUGUGUGCUUAUGCGAACGUCCUCUAGCCAUGGAUGGGCUGAUACCGCUGCUUUGCUUGUUCACCUUUGCAACGCCACAGGUGUGUGGAGAGCAGGGGAGGAGCGCCGUGUUCCUGCCAGAGUUCUCUCUGAGCCGUAAGGAGCCCCUGGUGGACGAGAGUGUCGGGGAACCGCUCCUCACCUACAGGAACGGGGGGGAGCAGAUCCACCCCACGUCGGAGGAGGAGGAGCGUAAUUCCGCUUGGGAUGCGUGGGGAGCGUGGAGCGAGUGCUCCCGCACCUGCGGUGGAGGCGCUUCGUAUUCCCUGCGGCGCUGUCUCGAUAAAGGAAAUUGCGAAGGACGGAAUAUAAGAUACAAGUCGUGCAGCAACAACGACUGCCCCGCGGAGUCCGGGGACUUCCGCGCCCAGCAGUGCUCGGCUCACAACGACGUGCGCUACCAGGGCCGCUCCCACGAGUGGGUGGCCGCCGGCGGCGACCCCGGGCGGCCGUGCGCCCUGACGUGUGCCGCGCGGGGGUCGCCCCUGCUGAUCGUGGAGCUGGCUCCCAAGGUGCUCGACGGCACCCGGUGCCGCCCCGGCUCGCUCGACAUGUGCAUCAGCGGAGUGUGCCAGCACGUGGGGUGUGACCACCAGUUGGGCAGCCAAGCCAAGGAUGACAACUGUGGAGUAUGCGGCGGCAACGGCACCACGUGCCGCCUCGUGAGAGGACAGACGAGGCCGCAGCUGUCUUCUUCCGACAAACCGGAGGAAACGAUCAUCACCAUGCCAUAUGGAAGCCGACACGUGAAAAUCACCAACAAAGGCCCCAAUCACCUCUUUGUAGAGAGCAAGACGCUGCAGGGGGUGCGGAACACGCACUGGCUGGAUUGGUCCGGGACGGCGUUGCUCGCAAACUCCACUGCCGAGUUCUCGCUGCUGCAUGACAAGGAGGUCCUCAAGAUGAGCGGGCCGCUCACUGCGGACUUCACGAUCAAAAGCAGAUUUGUGGGGCCUGGAGAGAGCUUGGUCCAGUUCUUCUUCUAUCAGCCCCUCAGCCAUCAGUGGCGUGAGACGGACUUCUUCCCAUGCUCCGUAACCUGUGGCGGAGGCUACCAGCUGACCUCGGCCGAGUGUGUGGACGUGCGCUUGGGCCGCGUGGUGGCUGACCAGUACUGCCACUACUACCCGGAGAACAAGAAACCCAAGCCCAUUCUGCGGGAGUGCAACAUGGAGCCCUGCCCAGCCAGUGAUGGUUACAAACAGAUAAUGUCCUACGACCACUUUCAACCAAUCCCACGCUGGGAUGGAGGUCCGUGGACCACCUGCUCGAGCUCGUGCGGAGGAGGGCUUCAGAGCCGCACGGUGGCGUGCGUGGAGGAGGAUCUCCACAGCAUCCUGCACCCUGCCGAGGACUGGAAGUGCAUGUACACGCUGAGGCCUGUCGCGUCCCAGCCGUGCAACCUCUUUGACUGCCCGCGGUGGCUUGCCCAGGAGUGGUCUUCGUGCACCGCGACGUGCGGCCGCGGCCUCCGCUACCGAGUGGUUUUGUGCAUGGACUACCGGGGCCACCAUGCCGGUGGCUGCAACCCCAAGAUCAAACCUCACAUCAAGGAGGAGUGCAUCGUUCCUGUCCCAUGCUACAAGAUAAAAGAAAAACUUCCAGUGGAAGCUAAGCUGCCGUGGCUAAAGCAAGCACAGGGCCUCCAGGAGGAAGCGGAGACGGAGGUCUCGGAAGAACCAAUGUUCAUCGCGGGCCCUUGGUCGCCUUGCAGCGCCACGUGCGGCGUGGGCGUGCGGACGCGCGCCGUCGCCUGCCGCGUCUUCCUCUCCUUCUCGCGGACCGUCGCCGAUCUGCCCGACGAGGAGUGCGGCGAGGGGCCCCGGCCCAGCACCACCAGGGCAUGCCGCGCCGCUUCGUGCUCCGCCGACUUCGCUCCCGCGGGCUGGCGAGAGGAGGGGGAGGAUGAAGAGUCCGAGGAAGAAGGGGAGGGAGAGCAAGACGGAGAGGAGGAGGGGGAGAGCGAGAGGGGCGAUGAUGGGGAGAGGGAUGUGACCCCGCAUGCCAUUGAGCCGGUUUUCGAGUGGGAAUAUCAGGGCUUCACGGACUGUUCAGAGUCGUGCGGCGGAGGCACCCAGGAGGCCAGGGCUGUGUGCCUGAGCAAGGAGGGUGGCGAGCCAGCCGACCAUGCUCUGUGCAACGCCUCUCAUCGCCCCCCAAGGCUUCUGAAAAGCUGCAACGCGGACCCCUGCCCUCCCAGGUGGGAGGAGGGCGAGUGGAGCCCGUGCCCCGUGAGCUGCGGCCAGGGCCUGCACACCCGGGAGGUGGUCUGCGCACGCCGUGUUGCCUCGCCGCCCGCCGGGCGGUCCCGCGAGCGGCCGCCGCCGCCGCCGCCGCCACCGCUGCUGCUGCCCGAUCGCGAGUGUGCCCUGCCCAAGCCGCCCGCAGCGCGCCCAUGUGCCCGGCUGGACUGCCCGCCUGCCUGGCACGCGCAACCUUGGCAGCAGUGCUCCCGGACGUGCGGCCGGGGCUCGCAGACGCGGGCGGUGCUGUGCCAGCAGCGGCGAGCCGACGGGACCUUCCUGGCCCUGCCAAAAGCGCUCUGCCGAGAAUCCCCCCCUCCGGCACACCGGCAGCCGUGCGCUCAGAUCGACUGUGCCCCGCGUUGGGCCACUCGACCCUGGCAGCAGUGCUCGAGAAGCUGCGAAGUGGGGAACCAGUGGCGUGCUGUCUCGUGUCAGACGCUGUCAGGCGCCGGGGAGACGCUGACUGUUGAUCCGGCUGUCUGUCAAUCGCUUCCCAAACCCCUCUCCACCAAGGUUUGCAGUCUUCGCCCUUGCACACAUGGAAAAGGCAAGCAGAGCAACAGGAAGUCCACCAGGAAGGAGCCGCAGAUUGCGGCGAUGCACAAAGUGUACAUCCAGUCGCGCUGGGAUCGCCGGCUCCACUUUGACGUUGGCGGCCGUGCCUACUUGCACCCCAAGACGACGGUGGUGGUCCGCUGCCCCGUGCGCCACUUUGACAAGGCCCUCAUCCGCUGGGAGCGCGACGGGCUGCCCCUCGCCAACUCUUCGCGGAUCGUCCUCGGACGCUCCGGUGCCUUGAAAGUGCGCCACCUGGAGACCAGCGACAUCGGCGUUUACACGUGCGUGGCGGGCUCGGCCCGAGAAAACUUCGCCGUCAAGUUGAUCGGCGUCGUCGGCGGCGGCGGCGUUGGGUCGAGCCAGGGCUCGCGAGUGGCCAAGCAGAAGAGCGAGCCGCCCGUCCUGUCGGGCGCGGAGGAGUUGAAACACAACGAAGCCGCGAGCUCCGCCAGCAAGGAGAUGGACGUGCAGAAGCUGCGCAAGCAAAUCACAGCGAACAAGUACGAAUUUUACAGGGACGAUGGGAGUUUGUAUGACCGGAUUGUUCUCCGAGUGCUGGAAAAAAAGCUGGAGGCUAAAACGAAGCCGGCAUCCACUGAAUCUUCUGACUCGGCAGAUAAAGAUUACUCGUACGACGACAUCAUUAACUUGGAUGCUUCCAAUCCAGUGGCGUACAUUACCGAGGAAGACAAACUGGAGGGCCUUAUCAGAAACAUCACCCUCCGCCUCCGAGGACAGCAUCAAAUCGGUACCUCCACUCAACCAGCGAGGGAUCUGAUUGCUAAGAGCCCGACGCAGACUCUGAGCCCGAGAGCCGCCGGAGUGUUUGAGCAGGGCAAAUGGGAGGGGAAUAAUAGCGUUGCAUCCACAGCGGUGCCCACACAAAACCCUCGCGGUCUCUCUGCAGAACCGGAGGCAACCACUGAAGAGCCUGGCGAUUUUCUGCACACAGCUCAAGUGAAUGAUGGUUAUCGAGCGUCCCCCAGGUUUACGAGUGCCCCCUACGAGGUUCCGGCUAUCGAGAGAGAGGAUCUACCAUUAAGUCUCCUGUCACACAAAGACAUCAGGGUGCAAGUGGGCCACCCAUUGCUCCUAAGCCAUCGGCCCGAGGCCCUGACAUUAAGCUGUAAUGCACACGGAGUCCCUUCUCCUGUUAUCACUUGGCUACAAGACGACACGCCUGUGGCUUUCGGCAACAGGGUUUCGGAGCAGACGGACGGCUGCCUGCGCAUUGAACAGCCCGUCGAGUCUGACAGUGGACUCUACACCUGCCUGGCUACCAACCGGGCCGGCACGGACACCCUGUCCUCCCUCGUUACCAUCACUGCAGACUCCCUGAUUAAAACUACGAGGGAGGUCAUCACCGAUCUGAGUGCAAGGCUUGUUGAGGUCAAUGUUGGAGGCAUGGUCCGGGUCCGGGCUGGCACAAACGUCACUCUGGGCUGCCAUAUGGACAGGCCAUCCACAGUCGAAACUGCAUGGACGAAAGGUGGGGGAGACUUGGAGAGAUCAUUGCCUUCGCUCGCCAAUGGUUCGCUGAUUCUUGUGAACGUCACCGCGGCGGAUGAAGGCGUGUACACGUGCACGACCAGCAGCCCCUUUGGCUCGGUCUUGGAAAGCACGACCCUCAUCGUUCUCGAGCCUCCACGAUUUCACCACCACUUCGUGGAGGUGGCCGCCCUGCUGUCCGGGACGACGGAACGUGAGCACGCCGGGAUGGUGUCACUCAGAGGAGACACCAGCCUCAAUGUGCCCACUGGACACGACCUCAUUGUUGGCUGUCCGGUUGCAGGCAACACCAAGCCCAAUAUGACGUGGUACCUGGGCAGCCAGCCCGUGCAGAGCUUGCCUGGGUUGUCGUACCAGCUCCUGGCCGGGGAGAAGGUGCUGCGCUUACGCGGUGUCGUUGGGCCCUGGGAUGGCCCUGUGCGCUGUGUGGCCCAGAACGAGGCUGGCACCUUGACCGCCACACUGCACAUCGCUGUUGGUGAAUUGAGCUGGACGCCGGGGGAGCCGUCCCCUUGUUCGGCAAGCUGUGGAAACACUGGCGUGCAGUCCUGGCGUCUGCGCUGCGUUCGAGACGACCUGGAGGAAGUGGACGCCUCUCUCUGCCAAGGCCUCCCAAAGCCGUCAUUAGCUGCACCGCAGCGGUGCAACCGGAGAGACUGUCCACCAAGCUGGAGCGUCGAGGAAUGGGGCACUUGCUCUCGUUCGUGCGGAGGGGGGAUGCGCCUGCGUCACGUCACCUGCCAGAUGCUGUCCUCGGACGGAGAGGUGACCCCGCUGCCCGUGGGGCUGUGCGAACACGACGCCGGCCCGCGACCCACCGAGGAGGAGUCGUGCGCCGCCACGCACGACUGCCCUCACUGGGUGGCGCUCGACUGGGGGCAGUGCACCGGGCGCUGCGUGGGAUGGAUGACGGGGACCAAACAUCGCCGGGUCUCUUGCCGCACUACGAACGGGACCCUCGUGCCUGACAGUGCCUGUGACAAAUCCUCGAGGCCGGCACUGAGCCAGAAUUGCAGUGCGGAGGCGUGCGCGGGCGAGUGGCGCCCGGGACGGUGGAGCGAGUGCACGGCCACGUGCGGCAGCCACGGCUUCCAGUCCCGCCGCCUGGAGUGCGCCGGAGCCGCGGCCGACGCCGCUGGCGGCGAGCAUUCGUGCGCUUGGCAGCCCAAACCCAUCACUUGGCAGCGCUGCAACAUCAUCCCUUGCGAGAAAGGUGAAUGUAAAGACACAACCAGGUACUGUCACCUGGUGAAACGGCUGAAACUUUGCCAGCUGAUGAUGUACAAGCUGCGCUGCUGUGAGUCCUGCAAAGAUUUGUAAAGAGAAAAGGAAAAAAAACACGGAGAAGGGGAAAAAAGUAUCUGCCUGUAAAUGGGUUGAAACGCACGGGAGGAAAAAGGAAUUGCAGUCACAAGACGAAAAGACAUGAAAGGACACAUGUGGAUUCUUUCGAAGAGGAAUGGCACCUUUGGCAAUUCUUAUUAUUACAAACAGACGCCUGUGUGGAGAGAAUCGAAUUGUUUUUAAAAGGAACAAAUUAAAAAGCAAACGUGGAUAGUAACGCCUACCGUAGGUUUUUCUCAAUGUUGUGAACCAGAUCGUGAUUGCAUUUUCGGAGACACAACUUUUUCGGGGAUGCAAGUGUUUUUUUAACCUUCUGUACGUUAUUCACCGCGGCAACAGGACGAAGUAACUUUUUUUUCCUGGAAACAAUCAAGACGGUUGCUGACAUCAGAAUCACUGCUGUAAAUAGCUGACGCUUAUAUUUCAAGAACAUUUAAUUUUAAUCCAGGAAAUGUGAUAGUAAAAAAAAUUCGUUCACGGACCCUCAUGCCAUGAAAUAAAAAUGAAAGAGAAGAUUAGAAAAAUAAAUUUUUAUAUUUUUGUCAACACGCCGUUUUAAACUAACAUGACAUUUCUUCUCAAUGUGUUUUUUUUUCCACGUGUAUUUUAAAGAUGGGUAUUUCUCGUGAAAUGAACUAAAUUAUGUGUUUUUUUGUAUCACCUGAUAUUUCUAAAAAAAUUGACAAGUUAGGAGCAAUAGCUUACAACACACAAUACAGUAUUUACUGAAACUGAACUUAAAAAAAAUACUUUGUAUUAUGUUACACGGUGGUAAUGUUCACAUUUAUUUUAUAAGUGAAAGCAGUAUUAUAAAAAAUAAAUAUAUAAAUUAAUAUUAAAUAACUACAAAUCAAACGCUAAGACGAAAUAAGGAAAGACUGCAAAAAUGUUGCAUUCAUCUCUUGUCUUUUAUUACAUAGGCUAAUUAUGCUUUGUCCCUGAUGUUUAAUCUAUUUGUAAUUUUAAUACAAUGUAGUUUAAAGUAAACAUUUGUAAAUAAUUUAUGAACUACAUUUGUUUUUUUUUAUUAAAGUGCAAUAAAUAUGGUUGUAUAAUAUGUUACGGUAAAUAAAUGUGUGGUUUUUAUUUUUCAUUGGGUCUUACAGCGCUUGCUACCAAAGCUAAUCUGCUUAGAGAGAGCACUUAGGGCUUACUGUGCUACACAAACACUUGUUUUUUAAUCGUACAUUUUAAACUUGCAUAUAUUUUUUAUUGUAUUGUAACGUGUUGCAUGCAUGGUCUGUCAAAAGAUGUACCCUGUCAGUUUUGAUUUUGAGAACUAAUAAGUUGCGAGAACAUGUGAAAUGAACUGUUUCUUAACGAUACGAAAUAUUUUAAUGAAAGCCUGAAUUAAUUGAAAGUUUUAUGCAACUAACAGUCAAUUGAAAUUCAUCACGUUGUUGGGUAGUUUUAUUAGAAUGAAUAAUUUAACAACUUUCCAUAUUUAUAUAUACACUAUUUCCCGUUCUCUUAAAUAUGACCCGUCCUGUGUGCAAGUGCGUUUGUGUGUUUUCAUUAUCGCAGUUAAUCACAUACUUAAUGUCUGGAAGUGUAUCAAAAUAUGUGAAAAGUACUUUAAUAAAUCUAGAGCAUUGUA